AUGAAUGGGGCGACCUGGCAUGAUGAUAGCGGCACCGGUCAUCACACGAAACGAAUCGGACCAAAAUCCCAUCCGGACCAAUCCCCUGUACGCAGGACGGACUAUCCAGCUACGGGUAUUGAAGAUUCAGCGAAGCAGCAUUACAAGAUGAAGUCGGGGCAGUAUCAAACAAAGUGGAUAAUUGUAGGUGUUGUAACACUUUGCUUCCUUCAAGUUCGCACGCGUCUCGUAGAAGAUAACAUCGUUGUGUUUGAAAAAACUCAGUACAAAGCGACGGUACUGGAACAUGCUGGGGUCAGCAAACGCGUGAUGACCAUUUCAGCACAACAUAAACUCACUGGUACUUGCGAGAACAUCAGGUAUGAAAUUCUACGAGACACUCCGGACAGUAUGUACUUCGGGAUUGCUACUAGGAAUUGUGGUGCCAUGAUCAUAGUAGCCAAACAGAUUGAUCGAAGCCCGGAUCAAUGCUAUAAGAUUCAUGUACGUGCAUAUAAUGAAGAGCUGCGGCUACAGGCUGCAGUAGCUGUCGUGCAACUAUGCGUUGUCGAUCAAAUGGCGAGGAAGCCGUACUUUAGGAACUUGUCGACAACUACGAUCGAGGUGCGUGAAUCUUGUGAUCAGUUUCAGGAACCGAUGAUAGUGUUGGAAGCCAAUUCGAACACACCGGACAACCCACAUGUCAAUUUUAGAUUGCUUGCAGGGUCAACAGAACAAACCAACUCAAAGCAUACGUUCAGGUUGGAGCAAAUAAACAAUACGGCAGUUAUCAUGUUAAGCAGGUGGCUGGACUAUGAAACAGUAUCCGAGUAUGUUCUGACCAUCGUUGCGACAAACGAUGAUGGAAUUGAAACGAAUUUGACGCUUAAAGUUCGGGUGUUGGACGACAAUGAUGAAACCCCUACAUUCGAAGGAAAUGACACUGCAAUAAUCCCGAAAAACGCGGCUCCUGGAACAUUUGUGCACCAAGUACAGGCAAUCGAUCGAGACGGCACCUCAGCCAAUAACGUUGUGUCGUAUCGGUUAGAAGACGACCAAGAUCAGUUCGCGAUUGACAGUCGCACCGGUAUCAUUACGUCAUUGAAACCGCCGGAACAUGAUAUUUUCCUGAAGGUUAUUGCAGAGGACAAUUCACCAGCUCGGAACGGCAAACCGAACCGUGCCAUGAAAAUGAUUCAUAUCAUGGUCGUCUCGGACAACUUAUCAGAUAACACAUCACCCGAAUUGGUGCCUACGAAUGAUGGAGUCUCUCAAGAUAUCGCCAAUGUCUCCUCCAACAGCCAGAAAGGAAAUGACGUAAAGAUCCCAGAGGAAACAACCCUGCCGUCGGAAAGCAAUACGUGUGCUAUGCACUGUUAA